UCUACUCACCGCCGUUUAACACUGUCCCUCUCGACCUGUGUACUAUUUCGCUGUCACUCUCUCUCUUUCUUCUUAAAGCCUCUGUGUUAACUCCUUCCUUACAGUUCACGCCAAGCGCCUGCACUCUCUCUCUCUCUCAAAAAAUGGCAGUUAAGCCAAUUUUUGUUUCUCAAACAUAACCUUUCUCUGUUUGUUACUUCUCUUUGUUAUCUUCUUUACUGCCUCUUGUUUGUUGUUUCUUUGUGUGGUUUGGUGCUGCCUGGAAUUCGUGAUAAUGGAGGGAGUAGAGGCCAUCAUAGUGAAAGGGAUGAAGAGGAAGAUGGAUGUGUCUUUCAUGUGUUUGAUAAUGGUGGUGUUUAUGCUGCUCUGUUCUCUAGCUUUACCGCUCAACAACGAAGGGAAAGCCUUGAUGGUCAUGAAGGCAUCAUUCAGCAAUGUUGCUAACGUGCUUCUCGACUGGGACGAUGUGCACAAUGGAGAUUUCUGCUCUUGGCGUGGUGUUUUCUGCGACAAUGUCAGCCUUUCUGUUGUUUCUCUGAAUUUGUCUAAUUUGAACUUGGGUGGAGAAAUAUCUCCUGCCAUUGGAGAGUUGAGCAACUUGCAAUCCAUAGACUUUCAAGGAAAUAAGUUAACGGGUCAAAUCCCUGACGAGAUUGGCAACUGUCUUUCUUUAUUCCAUCUGGAUCUAUCGGAUAACUUGCUUACUGGAGACAUUCCCUUUUCUAUAUCUAAGCUCAAGCAACUUGAGUUCUUGAACCUGAAGAGCAAUCAGCUUACUGGUCCCAUCCCAGCAACCUUGACCCAGAUUCCAAACCUAAAAACUCUAGACCUUGCUCGGAACCAGCUCAUUGGGGAGAUACCUAGAUUACUCUACUGGAAUGAAGUUUUGCAGUAUCUGGGGCUACGAGGCAAUUCUUUGACUGGAACGUUGUCCCAGGACAUGUGUCAGUUAACUGGCUUGUGGUACUUUGAUGUGAGAGGCAAUAACCUUACCGGCACAAUCCCUGAUAGCAUUGGCAACUGUACAAGUUUUGAGAUACUGGACCUAUCAUACAAUCAAAUCACGGGGGAGAUACCGUAUAAUAUUGGAUUCUUGCAAGUAGCUACUCUGUCACUCCAAGGAAAUAAGCUAACAGGGAAGAUUCCUGAGGUGAUUGGUUUAAUGCAGGCGCUUGCUGUUUUGGAUUUGAGUGAGAAUGAGCUAGUUGGGCCAAUCCCGCCAAUACUUGGCAAUCUAUCAUAUACUGGAAAACUGUAUCUCUAUGGCAACAAGCUUACUGGACCAAUCCCUCCAGAACUUGGCAACAUGUCGAAACUUAGCUAUCUGCAGUUGAAUGACAACCAACUGGUUGGCAGCAUUCCACCUGAACUGGGGAAGCUGGAACAGUUAUUUGAAUUGAAUCUUGCUAACAAUGAUCUCGAAGGGCCCAUUCCCCAUAACAUCAGUUCCUGCACUGCUUUGAACCAAUUCAAUGUGCAUGGUAAUCGCUUAAAUGGAACUAUCCCGUUGGGCUUCAGGAAUCUAGAGAGUUUGACUUACCUAAACCUUUCGUCAAACAAUUUCAAAGGCAGGAUUCCUCUUGAGCUGGGGCGUAUUAUCAACCUUGACACAUUGGAUCUGUCUGGCAAUGGGUUUUCUGGACCUAUUCCAGCUUCUGUCGGUGACCUAGAGCACCUUCUUACCUUAAAUUUCAGCAGAAAUCAUCUCAAUGGCCAAUUGCCUGCUGAAUUUGGGAAUCUCAGGAGUAUACAGAUUAUUGAUUUGUCCUUCAACAAUGUUACCGGCAGCAUUCCUGCAGAAUUAGGUCAAUUGCAAAACAUUGUUUCUCUGGUCCUGAACAACAACAAUCUGCAAGGAGAAAUCCCUGAGCAGCUUACCAAUUGUUUCAGUCUUGCAAAUCUGAAUUUCUCGCACAACAAUUUAUCCGGGGUUGUACCUCCUAUCAGAAAUUUCUCACAGUUUCCAUCAGAAAGCUUUAUUGGAAAUCCAUUAUUAUGUGGCAAUUGGUUGGGAUCUAUUUGUGGCCCUUAUGAACCAAAGUCUAGAGCACUUUUUUCCAGAGCGGCAGUUGUCUGCAUGAUAUUGGGCUUCAUCAUUUUAUUGUCCAUGGUUAUAGUUGCAAUCUACAAAUCUAAUCACCAGAAGCCCUUGAUCAAAGGAUCCCACAAAACAAUGCAAGGUCCACCCAAGCUUGUGGUUCUUCACAUGGAUAUGGCUAUUCACACCUUCGAUGACAUAAUGAGAAACACUGAGAAUUUAAAUGAGAAGUAUAUUGUAGGUUACGGUGCAUCAAGCACAGUAUACAAAUGUGCACUGAAAAGUUCCCGACCACUAGCAAUUAAGCGACUCUACAAUCAGUACCCAUGCAACCUGCGAGAAUUUGAAACUGAACUUGAGACCAUUGGCAGCAUAAGACAUAGAAACAUAGUCAGUUUGCAUGGUUAUGCUUUAUCUCCUUAUGGAAACCUUCUUUUCUAUGAUUACAUGGAGAAUGGUUCUUUAUGGGAUCUCCUUCAUGGACCAUCCAAAAAGGUGAAGCUGGACUGGGAAACACGCUUGAAGAUAGCCGUAGGAGCUGCUCAAGGACUUGCCUAUCUUCAUCAUGACUGCAAUCCGCGAAUUAUCCACAGGGAUGUGAAAUCUUCAAAUAUCCUAUUGGAUGAGAAUUUUGAGGCUCAUCUGUCUGAUUUUGGAAUUGCCAAAUGCCUUCCAACUACGAAAACUCAUGCCUUAACAUAUGUUCUAGGAACAAUUGGCUACAUUGACCCAGAAUAUGCUCGCACAUCUCGGCUAAAUGAGAAGUCAGAUGUUUAUAGCUUUGGCAUUGUUCUUUUGGAGCUUCUAACUGGGAAGAAAGCUGUGGAUAAUGAAUCUAAUUUGCAUCAGCUAAUACUAUCCAAGGCAGACAAUAAUACAGUAAUGGAAGUUGUUGAUCAAGAAGUUUCUGUGACAUGCGUGGAUUUAACCCAUGUUAGAAAGACUUUCCAACUUGCUCUGCUGUGCACAAAGCCUUACCCUUCUGAAAGGCCAACCAUGCAUGAAGUUGUGAGGGUUUUGGUUUCCUUCCUUCCAGCUCCUGCUAUGAAACCUUGUUCAGCUCCACCAAAGCGCAUUGACUAUGCAAAGUUUGUGAUUGACAAAGGACAGCAGCAGCCAGCACCUAAGCAGGAGCAAGCUCAACAAGAAAAUAACUCUUCUGAUGCUCAGUGGUUUGUUGGCUUUCGUGAAGUAAUAUCUAAGAACACUCUUUAAUUUAACAAGGAUGGAGAAAUCCCUGAUUUUGGCUCACAUGGAUGUUUUUCUACCUCAAGAUUGGAGUAUGUGCUUUUUGACGCGGGUUUUGUUCACCUAAACUGACUGAAUUUAUGAAACCAGGAAACGAUCUGAGUCCAUCUGGUUAGGUUCUUUUGUAAACCUUUUGAUACUAACUGUAGUCUAAAAUUAUUAUUUAUGUUGUAUAAAUUUAUUUUGCUAAUCACAUUAUAUAUUGGUCCUUGAAUUUUUGUUA